AUGGACCUUUACGAUGAAUUGCCGGAAAGUAAACUCCUUUAUGAUGAAGAAUUUUUCUAUCUUUUGGAUGCAGUAAAGCAGAAUGGCGUCUGCGUCGUAGAUUUUUUAACACUCACUCCGAAGGAAUUGGCAAGGCUCAUACAGAGGUCAAUAAAUGAGGUUUUUAGGUUUCAGCAAUUCCUUGUUCAUGAAUAUAAUGAAAAGUAUUUAGAAAUAUGUGAAAAUAACUCUAUCAGCCCAGAUGACGGUCCUAAGUGUUUCACAACCGCUGAUGUAGCUAUGGAUGAAUUGUUAGGUGGAGGAAUUUUCACACAUGGCAUUACAGAAAUAUUCGGAGAGAGCUCUACCGGUAAAUCUCAACUACUCAUGCAGCUGGCCCUAAGUGUCCAACUUUCUGAAUCUGCAGGGGGCCUUGGCGGGAAAUGUGUAUACAUUACCACAGAAGGUGAUUUACCAACUCAGAGAUUGGAAAGUAUGCUAUCGUCUAGGCCCGCUUAUGAAAAAUUAGGUAUCACACAGUCCAAUAUUUUUACGGUUAGCUGUAACGACUUGAUAAAUCAAGAACAUAUAAUCAAUGUUCAGUUACCUAUCUUAUUAGAGAGAUCUAAGGGUUCCAUAAAAUUGGUCAUAAUAGAUUCAAUUUCUCAUCAUUUGAGAGUGGAGCUUCAGAAUAAGUCCUUCAGAGAAUCGCAAGAAAAUAAAAAUUAUUUGGAUAGGAUGGCAGAAAAGCUUCAAAUACUGGCACACGAUUAUUCAUUAUCCGUCGUAGUAGCUAACCAAGUUGGGGAUAAACCAUUGACGAAUAGUUCAGCGGCACAUAAGGCAUAUGUAACUGAUUACGAUUACCAGUUAGGCUGGUUAGUUGGCUGGAAAAACUCAACCAUCCUUUAUCGGCAGAUGAAUUCGCUGCUUGGAGCAAACUCCAAUAACGAUGAAAUUCUCUCAGACGAUGAAGAUUAUAUGCUAAUCGAGAGAGUUAUGAACACCGUCAAUGACCGGGGUUAUGAAUUUUCUUCGCAAAACAAGAACCACCCCAUAACUGAAAAUAGAACCUUGGGGCGACAUCCAUUAAGCCUUCUUAAUCAACAGAAUAAAAAACGAAAAUUUGACUAUCGUGUCCCCAAUCUUGGUUUAACUUGGUCCAAUCACGUUUCAACACGUAUAUUACUUCAAAAAUCUUUCAAGGCUUCAACAAUAAUUCAAAGAGGUGAGGCUCAUCUUUAUAAGGGAAGUGAUUCGGCAAGCUUCUGGCAAGUUAAAAGGACGAUGAAAGUGGUGUAUUCCACCUUCGCUAAACCUGGACAAAUCGCAUAUUUAAUUACCAAAAGAGGGAUAGAAGCAGCUUGA